CAAGACAGUACAGGCUGUUUCUUACACUUGCUGUCUCAUUUGGUACAAGUGUCUCCUGAAUGGAUUCAGGAUACAAUCACUACAGAGACCGUUGUGGGCUGUCAAAAUGAAAAUAUGAUCAAAUAAAUUGAACAAGCAGUGUCUGUUGUUUUAUCCACCAGCUUUAACAUAUUACAGUUCUUUAUCUGAUCUACCUUUGUACACAAAGGCAGCAUGAAAUGACAGCUUGGGAGUGAGUGACUUACUGAAGCUGAUAAGUAAAUUAGUUUCAGAAGGAGCUACUCCAUUUUGUUAGUUUUAAGCCGGAGAGGUCUGCUUUCUUGUGAUCUGAAAGCAAGAAAUGCCUACAUAUUGCUAAAACUGAAGUAAGCUUCACUCAGGGCUAAGGAAGGAAAGGAAUACAAUGUCUGCAGAAACAAGCUUCCAAAAUGGUCGCUCUGGUGAACGUAAUAUUGUUGAACAGCAGCCAUGUGAUGACAGCAUACAAGAAGACCGCAUAUUUUCCAUUGAAGAGGACAACAGUCUGUAUUUUACAUACACAGGCAAGCCAAAUGUGCUUGAGGUCAGAAACCUCAAUUAUCAGGUAGAUAUUGCAGCUCAGAUUCCAUGGUAUGAAAAACUGGCCGAAUUUAAAAUGCCGUGGGAGUGGAGUUCAUCUCCAGACUCACAUGUUGCUGCUAUCCAGAACAUGAAUUUUAAAGUCCAGAGUGGUCAAAUGUUUGCUACUAUUGGAAGCUCCGGUUGUGGAAAGACAUCCCUUCUGGAUAUCAUAACUUGCAGAGAUGAAGGUGGGAAAAUGCAGUCUGGUCAAAUACUGAUAAAUGGAAAGACCAGCACCAAGAAGCUUGUGAAAAAAUGCAUCGCCUACGUGCGCCAGGAUGACAGACUUUUACCUCAUCUUACAGUCCGAGAAACUCUGUUAUUUGUAGCAAAAUUACGACUCCCAAAGCAUUUUUCGAAAGAGCAGCAGAAGAAAAGGGUAGAAGAUGUUAUUGCAGAACUGAGGCUACGACAAUGUGCCAACACCAGAGUGGGCAACGAGUAUGUCCGAGGUGUCUCAGGUGGUGAAAGAAGACGGGUGAGCAUCGCGGUGCAGCUUCUCUGGAAUCCAGGUAUCCUUAUACUCGAUGAGCCAACAUCAGGACUGGAUAGCUUCACAGCUCACAAUUUAGUCAUGACGCUUUCUCGGCUUGCCAGAGGAAAUCGAUUGGUUCUCCUGACGGUCCACCAGCCCAGAUCAGAUAUAUUCCAGCUGUUCGAUCUUGUCAUUUUGAUAUCCAGUGGAGCUACUGUUUACUGUGGAGCAGCAAGGGAGAUGGUCCCAUAUUUUACAUCUCUAGGUUACCCUUGUCCAAGAUUUAGUAAUCCUGCAGACUUUUAUGUGGACCUGACCAGCAUUGACAGACGUAACAAAGAAAUGGAAAUAAGAGGCCUAGAAAAAACUAGGAUGCUUGCUGCUCUGUUUCUGGACAAAGUGAAGGAUACAGAUGACUUUAUUUGGAGAUCCUCAGAAACCAAUACACUACCAGCUUCCACCAGUGAAAUGAGGUCUUCAAGUUCAGAAAUCAUUGAUAUCUUCCCCUCAUCAAUAGCUUUAUCUUCACCAAAACACAAGUUACCUGGGCAUUUCAGUCAGUUCUGUAUUUUGCUAAGGCGACAUGUUUCUAACGAUUUCAGAGAUAUAGCAACACUCUUAAUCCAUGGCUUUGAGGCACUUCUGAUGUCCCUGCUGAUUGGGUUUUUAUAUUAUGGACAAGGUGGUCAAAAAUUAUCAAUUCAAGACACAGUUGCACUGCUUUUUAUGAUUGGUGCACUUACCCCAUUUGCUGUAGUUUUGGAUGUCAUUGCCAAAUGCCACUCAGAAAGAGCCAUGCUUUGUCAUGAGCUAGAAGAUGGGAUGUAUACGGUUACACCCUAUUUCUUUGCUAAGAUCCUAGGUGAACUACCGGAGCAUUUUGCCUUUGUUGUAGUGUAUGGAGUCCCUAUUUAUUGGCUGGCAGGCCUUAAUCCCGCCCCUGUCAGUUUCCUGUUAAACUUCAUUCUCGUGUGGCUUGUGGUGUACUGCAGCAGAGCAAUGGCUUUGUGGGUGGCGGCACUGCUCCCCACCCUACAGAUGUCAUCAUUUAUAGGCAAUGCCUUCUUUACAAUUUGCUAUCUAACAGGAGGAUUUAUCAUACGUCUUGAAAAUCUGUGGACAGUGGCAUCUUGGAUUUCUGAAAUCUCUUUCCUGAGGUGGGGAUUUGAAGGACUGAUGUUAGUCCAGUUUUCAGACACCACAUAUUCAAUGAUGUUAGGAAAUUUUACAAUAAAAAUCGAAGGCAAAGAAGUAAUCAAGGCCAUGGAUUUGGAUUCCUAUCCCUUGUAUGUCUGUUACCUUGUUCUUAUGGCCAUUGUUGUUGGAUUCAUGAUUUUCUACUACCUGUCCCUGAAGUUUAUCAAACAGAAAUCUAGUCAAGACUGGUGAAGAGGAGAGCAUCGUUAACCACAUAAACAGAAGAAGAAGUGUGUUUCUGAGUUUAAAAAUAAAGUACAAACGGUAAUGCUCAUUGUGUAAUCAAUGAAUUGUUAACAAGUCCCUACAGACAUAUGUACAAUAUUCAGAAAUCAUCAAUGAGUGAAACAAGUAAGCAAAAUAGUUAUACCAGUUUUAUAAGUAUAAAAUCCAGAGCAUGUCUUACCCACAUGGCAACAUUAAGGAAAACAUCUUUUGGUUGUUAGAAUUUCUAAGUAACAAAAGCAGGUAUCAUGAACAACCUGCCAAAUACAUGAAGUUAAAUGAAAUUAAACAACUAUUUUUAAAUAAACCACUAGAUGGCAGCAAAACCUAACAGUUAUCAGAACUGAACUUGCUUUAUGUUCAGUUUAUAAAUGCCUAGAAAAUGUGUAAAUUGUCCUGGAAAAUGUGUUGAAAAAAUAUUUGCAUUAUAAAUAUUUAUAAAUGAAUGACCAAGUGCAUCGGGUAAAACAAAAGUGACAAAGAGUAUCCUGUACAACUUCUUGUGUAUUCAGUACACAUACAAAUAAAUGUGAAUUUUACCAGA